AUGGACAUUCGAAAGUUAUUUAUAGAAGAGAUUGAUAAUAUUAUUAAAAGUCAGGGCGAUAAAUGUCUAUUUUCCUUAGAAAAUAGUUCAAAUAAAUUUAGUGAUGAGGUAAUGCCACGAAUAAGCGAGUCAUUUCUGCCCGAAAUUUUUAUAGAAGAAAUUCAGCGUUUACCAUUUUAUCAAGACCAAAUUGUCCCGAAAGGACAUUUUGUUAUACCUGCUAGAAAUGCCAUUGUUUCUAAUGUUUAUGACAUGCUGCCCGAAAACUUCAUAAAAGCAUUAUCUCAAUACUGGGGAAUAUCUUAUGAUGAUGUAGCAUUUUAUAAUCAUCAGUAUAUUGCUUUAAAAAGCAUAUUUUCUGGAUCUUCGGUAGUUGUGUCAACUGAUACUUCAAGUGGAAAAUCUUUGGUUUAUCAGAUUCCUGUUUUCAAAGCGCUGCAAGAACAUUAUGAAACUGCAUCAUCUGAUUUCCCACCGACUGCCUUUUUUAUGUUCCCUACUAAAGCUUUAGCACAGGAUCAAUUAAGAUCUUUUCAGGUUCUUUCAAGUUUAAUUUUUGGAAACAAGUUUAAUAUUUCUUCUCAUACAUAUGAUGGUGAUACUGAUUUUUCUUUACGAGAACAACUAAGAAAUACAAGUAGUAUCCUUUUUUGUAACCCAGAUAUUUUACAUUCAGAUAUAUUGCCAAGGUGGAUAAAAUGGGAAAGAUUUUUGAAGGCUUUAAAAUUUAUUGUUAUUGAUGAAAUUCACAUUUACACUGGAGUGUUUGGUACUAAUGUUGCUUAUACACUUCGAAGGUUAAAACGAAUUUGUCAUGAAUUAGGAAAUUCUAAAGUUCAGAUAAUUUCUUGUUCAGCAACAAUAAAACAUCCUGAAAAUUUAUUGAAGUCAAUUUUUUUGAUUAAUGAAAAUGAUUUGGUGGUUAUUGAUGCUAAUUCAAACGGUGCACCUUCAGGAGAUAGACACUGGUUAGUAUGGAAUUCACCUUACAUAAAUGGAACAAAAGGACCAUAUUGCCGUGCCCAUCCAAUACAGAAUGGAACAAUACUUUUUGCUGAGCUUCUUUGCAGAAAUGUGCGAACUUUAGCAUUUUGUAAGACACGCAGAGAAUGCGAACUUUUUAUGAAAUCAAUUCAAAACGAGCUUGAGUCUCGUGGUUUGUCACAUGUUCAGGAAAAGGUCAUGACUUACAGAGGUGGAUAUUGCACAUCAGACCGCCGUGAAAUUGAAUAUAAGAUGUCUACUGGAUGCUUUAUUGGUAUUAUUUCGACCUCUGCCUUAGAACUUGGACUUGAUAUUGGUGAAAUGGAUGCUAUACUCCAUAUUGGAUUCCCUUAUAGCAUAGCUAAUUUAAGGCAACAAGCUGGUAGAGCAGGACGACGAGGAAGGUCGUCACUAUCAAUUCUUAUAGGAGGUAAUGGACCAAUAGACCAAUACUAUAUGUCGAAUCCGUCUGCUUUACUUGAUGAAGACGAUCCAGAAAUAACGCUAACAUUAGGUGAUAAUGAAAUUUUAAAUCAGCAUUUGCAGUGCGCUGCUUAUGAAAUACCUAUAUCUAUUGAAUCCGAUAAAGAGUAUUUUAGUAAUGAAAUUGACGAAAAUUUUUCUAAAGGGAAAUCUUUUAAAGACCUCGUGAAAGAAAAGCUUGUGCCUAUAGAUGAUAAAAAUAAAGAGUUUGUGUUCUAUGGACCAACACCAGAUUUUAUGCCAUUUCCUUCAUCAAACUUCUCAUUGAGAUCAAAUUCAGAAAAUGAAGGCAUGUCAUAUGUGGUUAUGACAAGUGAAAAAAUACUUGAAAAUAUUGAAAUUGAAAGAGUUCCAUUUACUUUAUAUGAGGGUGGGAUAUUUCUUUCUCAAGGAAAUAUGUAUUUAAUCGAAGUAUUGGAUAUUAAAGGACGGUCAGCUUAUGCAAAAAUGGUUCAAGUAAACUAUAUCACCAAAACACGUGAUUAUACAGAUGUUGAUCCAUAUCAUAUUGUUAAAUCGAGAAAUUUGAUGUUUCAUAGCCCCAAUAAUUUAAAAUUACCGAUUAAAUUUGGACUGGUUAACGUGAAUACGCGUGUUUUUGGUUUUUACAAAUUAGGAAAAAGCAAAAACGGUGGUUACAGCCGAAUCAUUGAUACUGUUGAAGUUUCUGAACCAAACCAAAACAUUUUUUCCCUUAAAUGUUCAGGUGUAUGGAUCUCCCUUCCUUCUCAUUUAAUGGAAAUAAUAUCUAAAAAAGGGCUUUCAGUUGCAGCUUCAAUUCAUGCUACAGAGCAUGCCAUUGUUUCAGCUCUCUCCAUUCUCCUUUCUAAUACGUUUAAUGAAUAUGACAUUGGAACGGAAUGUAAAUCACCUGAAAAAGAGUUUAAAAAAGGCUCUGUUCAAAGAAAAAGACCUGCUCAACUAAUAUUUUUUGAUCCUAGCAAAAAAUUAGUUGAUGAAAAAUCUUCUAAAAAAUUAGCUGCAACUGGUGUUAUGAAAAGGCUUUUUGAAUGUAUGGAGCAAAUAUUAAGUCUUGCUGAGACUAGAGUAGGGAACUGUAACUGCAAUUGGGGAUGCCCUAACUGUGUGGCAAGUACCUAUUGUCGUGAAAAUUCUGUUGUUCUUUCAAAACCCGGGGCUUCAAUAAUUUUACGAUAUCUUUGUGGUAUUCCUUUAGAUCUUCAUUCAGUUUUUAAUGGGCCCGAACCAAAUCUCAAGAAUAGUAAUAGCGGUGAAACCAUUGUUUAUUAG